CGGUUAGUCAAUUUAGAAAAACCGGUUAUUGAAUUAACAGGUAAUUUUUGCCCAUCCCUACUUCUGUAGUGUCAUACCUGUCAAACUCAAAAUCCAAACAAAUAAAUACAAACAUUACCGGGCUCAACAUACAAUUUUUAUUCUUUGAAUAACUUUGCGAAAAUGGUUUUUGACGAACCCAAAAUCGUAUCAGAAAAAGAGCAGGAACAAUCGUAUGCUGCAUUUGUAAACAUGGAAAAUCUGCUUGAUAAAUUGAAGCUUCUAAAGUAUGAACAGGAAUUCCUGAAGGAUUUUAAGAUCAAACCAAUACACAGAUACUAUUUUGUCGUAACAAAAAAUCCUGGAGAGCAGUUUUACCUGUUUUCCAUAUUAGCAGCUUGGUUGAUUAGGAAAUGUGGGAAACACCUGGAGAACCCUCAAGAACUUGAUGAUCCAAAUGACACUAUAUCCAAAAUAGUAAAUGAAGCAAGGGCAAUUGGUAUUGUUUUUGAUUUUCCAGUCAGUAAAUUAAAACAAGGGGUUGGUGAACAAGUUGUGUACAUUCUAGAUCAAUUGGCUAUUCAUGCAGUUAAGAAAAACAAUGUAAUUUUAAACAGACCUAAGCCACCAGAAGAGAAAGAAGAAGAAACUGAAGUUCUGGAAGAUGAAUCAGAAAUAAACCUAGACAGAGUAGAGGAAGAAAUGUUAGCAGCCUAUUCUGAUGACUCGGAUGAAGAAAACCUUUUUCAUCUAGAUGACCUCAAACCAGUCAGGAAAGAAAUACAUUCGUCAGAAUUGAAACAAAACAUCGAUGAAGAAAGUUGGAAGCUGGAAUUGGAAAGAGUACUACCUAGACUAAAGGUGACUAUAAAAAAUGACAAUAGAGAUUGGAGGUCUCACUUGGAGCAAAUGAAGACUUACAAGAAAAGUAUCGAUGAGUCUUUGGGUACUACAAAAGCUCAGUUAGAAAAGUUGCAUAAAGAUAUCAGCUCAACAUUGGAGAAGGUCACCAAUCGUGAGAAGUACUUCAAUAGAGAGUUAGAAGAUAUAUUGGGAGAGUAUAGGAACCUCCAGGAUCAGUUAUCAAAAUUGAUAGACAAUUAUAAAAAUAUGAGUGGUGGCAUAGCUGAGAGAAACAGGGAGCUACAGAAGCUCACUGAUAAGCUGGAAAGCAUCAAGCAGCAGAUGGAGGAAAGGGGAAAUUCAAUGACAGACGGGACUCCUUUGGUCAACAUCAAGAAGGCAGUUGCAAAAGUUAAGUCAGAAAUAAUGGCCAUGGAUGUCAGAAUUGGUGUUUUAGAGUGCAUCGUCUUGCAAAGCAAACUCAGAGAAGAAAAGCAAAUAGAAAAAGAAUAUGGCCAAACCAUUUCCGUGUUUUGAAGAUUGUUUAAAUUCUGUAUGAAUCAGUACAAUAUAAUAUAUUCUAGUCAGCACAUGAGGCACCUUAUAUUUAUUUUUGUACACAAUAUUGUUUGUUAUAAUGUUAUAUGAUGAAUAAAUUAAAAACUAAAGGAUUUCUUUAUAUCUGC